AUGAAGCUUAUCACUUUUCUCCUGGCCUCUGCGGUCGCCGUUGGCACCGCCUACGGCUGCGCCGAAGCCGACCGCUUCUGCCACCGUUCCGGCGAGCCCUGCGGCAAAGUCAAGCGCGCCGCCAAUGCCCUCGCCGAGGCCGUCGCGAAGGCCAAGGCCAAGGCCGAACCUGACCCGGAAACCCGACUGACGACUGACCUGGGGGCCGGGAGUGGCUGGGACUUCACGGAGAGGUCAAAACUCAAAUGA